UGACCUUUGACCCUGAAACAUGCUGAAUGUUGCAUGUGAUGUAAUUUUGGGUUUCCUCUGAUUUACCAUGUAUAUUCUACCAAGAAUUUGUUCACGUCAUCUGAGACAACUCCUAGGAAAAUCUUUUUUUCGUUACGCCUCAACAUCAUCACAAGAUGUCCCUCAUGUAUGCAUUGUUGGGAGUGGUCCUGCAGGAUUUUAUACAGCGCAGCAAAUUCUAAAGGGACAUCCAGCAGCAAGGGUGGACAUAUUGGAAAAAUUGCCAGUUCCGUUUGGACUUGUGAGAUUUGGGGUAGCUCCUGAUCACCCAGAAGUCAAGAAUGUUAUCCACACAUUUACCACAACUGCCAGAAAUCAGAGAUGUACAUUUAUAGGAAAUGUGGAAGUUGGUAAAGAUAUCUCAAUAGAAGACCUGCAGAAGGCUUACACAGCUGUAGUCCUGGCUUAUGGUGCUGAUGAUGACAGAACACUUGCAAUAAAGGGAGAGGAUAGUCCCAAUGUGAUCUCAGCCAGAUCUUUUGUUGGUUGGUUCAAUGGACUUCCACAAGACAAAGAUCUGCCUGUAGAUUUAGAUGUGGAGAAUGUGGUUAUCCUAGGUCAGGGAAAUGUGGCUCUUGAUGUGGCCCGGAUUCUGCUAACACCAAUUAGCAUAUUACAGAAAACGGAUAUAUCCCAGCAUGCAUUGGAUGCUCUGUCUCGAAGUCGAGUAAAAAAGGUGUACAUUGUGGGCAGAAGAGGUCCUUUACAGGUGGCAUUUACCAUCAAGGAGCUGAGAGAGAUGACCAAGUUGCCUGACUGUAGGCCUGUCAUUCAUAAAGAAGAUGUAGAAAACCUUGACAAGGUCAUAAAAGAUCUCCCCCGUCCCAGAAGGAGGCUGACAGAACUACUAUAUAAGACGUGUAUGGAGCCCUCCGACACUGACACCCACCUCUGGUCUCAGGCCUCCAAAGAAUGGGAACUUAGAUUUAGACUUAGUCCUAUAGAAAUCAACGAGAGGGAGGGAAAAGUCACAGGGGUCAAAUUCGCUGUGAAUCAGCUGCAGGGAGAUGAUCUGAUUAACAAGAAAGCUGUGGCCACAUCAGAAACAGAACAUAUUGACUGUGGACUGGUUUUCAGAAGUAUAGGAUAUAAAAGUAUACCUAUAGAUCCCAUUUUACCUUUUGAUACAAGAAAAGGGAUUAUACCAAAUAUAAAAGGAAGAGUCAAAGAAAAAUCAGGUCUGUACUGUAGUGGAUGGGUCAGUACAGGGCCAGUAGGAGUCAUCCUCAAUACCAUGACAGGGGGAUUUGAAACAGGAAAGAUAGUUCUCAAAGAUCUGGAAGACGGUAUCAUCACUUCUGAGGGAAAAAGGGGGAAUAAAAUGAUCAAGGAAAUCCUAGAAUCUAAAGGUAAGCAGAUGGUGACAUUUUCUGACUGGGACAAGAUUGAUGAGGAAGAGAUCAAGAGAGGAAGUGUCUUUGGAAAACCAAGGGAGAAGAUUGCAGAUAUCUCAGAAAUGCUUAGAGUAGCCAAGUCCUAAAUCAAGAAAGCCAAUGACUGUCUUAUACUGGGGGGUUGUUAUUUAUUGGGGACCCGCAUUAAGAUGCAGGUUCCCUAAAUUAAUCACCAUGGUCUGUCCCAAGACCUUAUAUCAACUACUAAAAAAUGGAAAGGGAAUGCUUUGGAAAAGACAUUUAUAGAUUUUAGAAUCAUAUAGUCAAAGGUCAAAGACCAGGAUUGUUUAAAUGACCACUAUGCUGAACUUAAGAUUUUUUACUACAUACCAUAAAGUCAAGUGUAUAUCAUGCACCAGUGUAAAGUAUGCACCUCCUACAUUUGAACUAUUUUCUAUCAAAAAAGUAGCUUUUAUACAUGCAUGACUUAAUGGUACAUGUAGAUAAAGGUUUCUUUGAUAAAGGUCAAGGCCAAAGGGUCAAGACUAUUGAUAUGGCCUUAAGUUUUUUAAAGGAUCCACUGCAUUGAAAUCAGUACUAUAUUUGGUCAGAUUUUCACCAAUCAAUGAACAAAGUUAAGGGGACAAAUAUUUAGAUUCGGGGCUAGUUCACUCAAAGUUCAAUGUCAUUAUUUUCACAUGAACAUUCAAUUAUAUACAAUGUAGUAUAAAAUUGAGUAAAUUUAUUGUGCAGUAUAAAAUUGAGUAAAUUUAUUGUGCAGAUUUCGUAUUCACUUCACAAUUAAAAGAAAGCCCUGUAUAUUCUGUGGCCAAUUACUCAAAGAUCAAGAUUAUCAAUACAUGUAUAAGCAUACUAUGGGGUCCUGUAUGAUUUUGUCAGCUUUCUUGUCUUUCUUUGAUGUUGUAAUUACUUAAGUGUGAGAAGAAAAUACAAGGUAGUUGGUGUGGAAGAAGUGCUGAAAAUAGAAUGUAAAGA